AUGGUCUCUGAAGAAGCUCAUCUCCGCAUUAUUAUUGCCGGUGCUGGCCUUGGUGGUUUGGCCGCGGCAGUCUCAUGCGCACUCUCCGGACAUACAGUAGAAGUAGUCGAGCAAGCAAAGGAACUCGUCGAGGUUGGCGCAGGUCUUCAGAUAACCCCCAACGCCUCACGACUUUUCAAGUACUGGCAACUUCCCAACUCCAUAUGGGAAGCCGCAGCUGAGCCCACGGCGCUCACCGUCCAUCGCUAUACCGGUCAGAUCCUCGCCAACGAACCCUCGUUUCACAAGAAUAUCCGCGCAAAGUACAACGCCCCAUUCAUCGACCUGCACAGAGUGGACCUGCAGCAAGCCUUGUAUAUCCGUGCGAAGGAGCUCGGUGUCACAUUCCAUCUCAACGAGAGGGUUGACUCGAUAGACUUUGAUACAACAACCGUCAAGACCCUGGCUGGCAAUCAGUAUACCGGCGACUUGAUCAUUGCCGCGGAUGGUCUCUGGUCUCGCUCCCGCGAGUGUUUCCUAGGGAAGAAGGAUGUGCCGCUCCCCACAGGCGAUCUGGCCUACAGAAUUGUGCUAACUGCGGAUCAAAUCUCGGACCCGGAGCUGAGAGCAUGGGUUGAGAACCCAGAGUGCCACUUUUGGAUCGGUCCCGGUGCACAUGUGGUGGCCUACUCGCUCCGCAAUGGACGGAUGUUCAACAUUGUGCUGCUUGUGCCGGAUAAUCUGCCCCCCGGAGUCUCCAGACAGUCUGGCUCGGUGGAAGAAAUGCGGAAACUCUUCGAAGGCUGGGAUCCAGUCCUGAAUCGCUUCCUGAGCUACGUCGACAGCGUGGACAAGUGGAAGCUGAUGCACCACGCUGAAAUGGAAAGCUGGGUAAACGACAAGUCAAACUUGGUCUUCCUGUACGGAUCCCAUCGUGUUUUUGAUACUGAUCAACUAACCCACACCAGCGGUGAUGCCUGCCAUCCCAUGCUCCCUUACCUCGCACAAGGCGCCAACUCGUCUCUCGAAGACGGCGCAGUCCUGGGCCAAUUACUCGGCCACAUGAAGAACAAAUCGCACCUACCCCAGAUCCUCCGCCUGUAUGAGAGCUUGCGGAAAUCCCGCGGCGAGGCCAUUGUGAAGGAGACUUUCAAGCAGAGACAUGAUUUCCACAUGCCAAAUGGCGAAGAGCAGGAAAAGAGAGAUGAGGUCUUCAUGUCUCAACUCGGAAAGGAGAUCAAGGGCGCGUUUCCCAGUAGAUGGACAUGCCCCGAGGUGCAACCUUGGCUUUAUGGCUAUGAUGCAGUCAAAGAGGUCGAGAAAGCGGUUACGCAGCACCCGGAAUUGUUCGCCAAGACGUCUGCAAAUCUGUAG